UACUCUCUUUAUUUUUGGUUUUGUGGUUGCAAAAAGGGGAGAAUUUUUGGAACUCUAAUUCACCCCCCCUCUUGGAGUACAUUGAGUCAACAAAAGGCGCUUGUGUCUGUGAGAAGGUUUGUACCCUUUUGCAGUAUAUGAAGCGCAUUGUCUUGAAGAAGGAGGAUUUGUCUCAUUGUGUUGAAGUUGAUCUUGCUGAAAUACGAUCGAAGAGGAACGAGUUGAUAAACCUGUGUUGCAGACUUAACUUUGAAAGGAUUAGUGCUAACAAGAAAAUAGCUUUGAAGUCCAAUUUGAUUGAAGUUGAAAGAUUGAAAAAAGAGUUGUCUAUGCUCCAAGAAUGCAACAAUUUGUUAAAGAAGGAGAAAGAGCUUAUCUUUUCUUCAGCUUUUAUUGAGAAGGUUUCUUCUUUGCAGGCUUCCGCUUCUUCUUCUAUCCAAGCUUUCAAAGAAUCCUUUGAGGGUAGGGCCUUUACCGUUUUUGGUGGUCUCAGCUAUACUAACCUCACCAUUAAGUUGGUUAAGGAGUUGCUUCCUCGUCAAGGGAAAGUCGUACCUGAACGUCCUGUUGAAUUUGAGAAUAUGGACUUUGCUACCAUGGAUACUGAGGAUUCUACUGGUGCUAUCCACAACGGGAGCACUUUUGCUAACAUGACGGGUGCUUCCCCUCCCUCGGGUGAUUAAGGUUAUAGAUAGGAUUUCAUAGUAUACAUAUAGGUCAUGCUACUUUGUUUUUUCCUUUUGGACUUUUUGUUUAAUGCUUAGGAUUAUUUCUUGGCAUUCCUCAAGUCUUUGUGCACUUGUUUGGUGAACAACUAUUUUAUUUUUCUUUUUGAACUCGAGUUUUGGCCAUGUGGACAUUAUGGCUUUUCACUGAAACCUAUCCUUUUGUGAAUGCAAAUUUUAUUAUUUUCACAAGUUAUUAUGGUUUCUUAGGGUGAAGAUAUCCUCAUUCAUCAAUGAGGAUUUAUAAUUUAACAAUUAGUUAGUAUGUGCCGUGUCUUAUUUUUGUAAAAAAUGACACAACUUUUACAUUAUAAUCGGUUAUUGCAAGUUUUUGUUGCAAAGUCCCUUCUACAUUCGAGGUUUGCAUUAAUGUUCGCAGCCUUUGCUCGUGCAGCUUUUACCUAGGUACUUACACGCACCCUAACUUGCUUACGAUCUUUUUGUUUUGCUUAAGCUUAUUUAGCUAGUUUUGCACAAAGUUCUAACCCUUUCUUCUUUUUCUUUUCUUUUCUUUUUUCUUUAUUUUCUUUCUUUCUUCUUUUCUUUUCUUUUCUUUUCUUUUCUUUUCUUUUCUUUUUUUGAUAUUUUAUUCAUAUGAUAGCCAUGAUGCUCAUUUAGAACAUCUUUCAUAUUUCCUGUGGUGCUUAUUGUAGCUUUUUCUUAUUUCCUUACUAAUAAUAUUUCUUAAGAUGAAUAGCAUUCCAGGUUUGUGGAAUUAAAGUUCCAUUAGGGC